AUGUUUAACAUUCAGCGUCGCCAACGCGCUUUGAUCCUGGUGGGAUUCAUGUUAGUAGCGGGGCAGUGCUACUUUGUCAUGCGGAAGCACAACAUCCGACAACUAGCAAUGGAGGAAAUGUUAUUAACAGAAUUCCCUACAACGAUCAAUUUCAGUGCAACGGAAGAAUCUAACGCUGUAACCGAGAAGGAAUCGGGAUCCGAAAAAUCAAUGCCAAUCUCGAUUAAAGAAUACUACCAACUGAUGGACAUUUAUGCGCAGGCUACACUGACGGAUAUCGAUCCACCAUUCAAGAAGAUCUUGUUUUGGAAUGAAGCAUACGGGAGCAAAAAGUACGGAGUGGGAAUCGGUAAGGAUGCGUUACGUAAAUCUGGGUGCCCCGUUUGGCAAUGCGAAACCAGCGACGACCGUCAUAACGUGGAAGAGUACGACGCCAUAGUCUUUCAUCUUCGCAGUUGGACGCAAAAAGACUUGCCGGAACGACGCUCGCCUCAGCAGCGCUACGUGUUCUGGAGUAUUGAGUCUGCGGCGUGGAGAUUCGUUGACACGAAACGAAUGACCAACUAUUUCAACUGGACCAUGACUUACCGCUGGGACUCGGAUCUUGUUAGUCCUUAUGGUUACAUCAAACCCACUGGAAAUGUUCCGCUUCAUCCCAGUCACGAGCAAAUGAAGGGCUACUUAACCAGUCGUUCCGUGGUUAAUUACGCGGAAGGAAAGACGAAAAUGGCCGCUUGGUUCGUCUCCAACUGCGCGUCCAAAAGCAAAAGGAUGGAGUUGGUCAAAGAGCUUCAAAAGUACAUUGACGUCGACGUUUAUGGUAACUGUGGGACGAUGAAGUGUCCAAGGAAACGGGAAGAGGACUGCCGACAAAUGGCGGCGAAGAAAUACAAGUUUUACUUGUCACUAGAAAACUCAAUAUGCCAGGACUACGUCACAGAAAAAUUUUUCGGGAUGAUGCAUCACCCCAUACUGCCGGUCGUCAUCGGCUUCCACGACCAUCACGAAAGAAUAGCGCCAACGCAUUCCUUCAUCAACAUGGCAUACUUUGAGAGCGUUGAAAGGCUUGCAGAAUAUAUGAUUAUGCUCGACAAAAACGACACGCUGUACAAUCAAUAUUUUUGGUGGAAGCCAUACUUUGAAGUGCGCAACAGCCAGGAAGACUUCAACAAAGGCAUGUGCCAUUUAUGCGCCGCACUCCACAAUAGAACAUUACCCCCUAAAAUCUACAAAGACAUGACGAGCUGGUGGGACAAAAACGCGACAUGUCAAACCCCCAACAUCAUAUGACUUGCACGAAAAAAGUAAUGACGCGGCUAAAACACUCAAGUGGGCCCUUUACCGCUACUUGGAUGUAAUUUUACGUAAUUUAACUUGAUUGCGAUUUACUGAAUCUACUGUACGUCAAGCUCUUUACUUCGUAGCAUUGAACCCAUCUCCCUCCCAUAAAAGGCUUUUCUUUUUCGUAAAAGGAUGUUCUAACGGAAAAAAAUUGGUUAAGACUGUAACGUUUCCUUUCAUACAAUGUAUGCAAAUGAACUGUAAUCUACUGCAAUACCUAUACUUAACGGCGAACUCGAGACAGCAGAUGGUGCCAGCUUUUCUUUGACCUUCUCAAUACAUGAUGUGAAAGUGGUUUUCUGCGUUAGCCAAAAGCUUUUCUGUUGGAAAAUCGGCCUUGAUUGUGUUGCGAAGCUAUGUCUCCCGGCCAUGUGAAGAACAAUCUAAAAAAGAAACGGGUCUCUCAAAGCUUAUUAAACUUUUUAACAUAAGGCAAAGAUUGAUCGCCACAAAUUUCACGUUCGAUUAAGCAUGCACUGUACUGCACAAUACUACACGAAUUCAAAUAAAUAAUAACAUAUCGGUGAAAAGAUAUCGAUUUCAACGACAGCAGUGUGUAUUCGGUUUACGUAAUGGCCAGAUGUGAGGUGUAGUGUAUACUCGAAUGGGAAGUGUUGAUAUUAAAACGGAGAAAUCAAAAA